AUUUGAUGAUACACCGCCAAUGUCAAACCCAGGCAACUUGUCGUUGACAUAACUGACCUCAGGAGUUGUGCUAAAAUUGUGUUCAUUGUCCUGUUUUCUUUAAAAAGGGCGGUUUAAGUGGACAGUACGCCUGGAAGUGGAUGGUUUUGGGGUUUACGUGUAUUUGUCGCGGUCUCUAGUAGGCGAAUCUAUCCGAGAAGAUGCGCCUCACGUUGCAAAUGUUGAUCUCCCACGGCCGAAUGGCCCGGAGGAUGGGUCUGGGACCGGAGUCCAGAAUCAACAUGCUGCGAAACAUUUUGACAGGACUGGUCCGACACGAGAGGAUAGAAACCACGCUGGCCCGAGCAGAUGAAGUCCGCUUCUACGCCGAAAAGCUGGUUGACUAUGCCAAAAAGGGAGACAAAGAUGAAAAGGCAAUGAAAAUGGCCAGUUUUUGGCUCACGGAAAAGGAUCUGGUACCGAAGCUCUUCAAGGUUCUCGCUCCACGGUUUGAGACUCAGUCCCAUGGAUAUACACGGAUGGCACGCAUCCCCAACAGACAGAACCUAGACAGAGCUAAGAUGGCUGUGUUGGAGUACAAAGGAAAUCCCUUCCCACCUCUUUAUCCUGCGAAAAAAGAAAAUGAACUGACUCUCAUCAAUCAGCUGCUCAAAGGCUACAGAGAAGAGCGAGCACAACAGUUAGAUGCAAAACUGUAAUUAAUACCAACUGAAGCCAAAAGCAGUUCUGUAUAACAACAUUUCUUUCUGACUGUGUAUUAAUAAAUAUUAUUUCUGAAGAUAA